UUCAUCCGAUGAGCCUUCUAGCCGUUUCCUGUGUGUGACCGACCUCACGUCCUCAACGACGAGCGGUGCUGGUGCCGAGUUGGGGCUUCUGUCCUCUGUCGAAAUUUUUGUGGUAAAUUUCAGAGCUGUAAUCAUGGUUUUCGAGAGGAAAAUGCUCACGAACGGCGACCCCGACGAAGAGGAAGAAGAUGCGCCUGCUGAGGAGGAAGAGGAGGAGGAGGAAGAAGAGGAGGAAGAUAUGGUGGACCCUCUAGAAACAAUACGAGCCAAGUGUGAGCAGACUGAACACUGUGUGCACUACAAGGAGCGUUUGGAGGCCUGUGAAGCCCGGGUUGGCUCCAGGUCCAACACCGAGGAGGACUGCACAGAAGAGCUCUUUGACUUCCUGCAUGCACGGGAUCAUUGUGUAGCACACAAGCUGUUCCACAAUGUGAAAUGACCUGCCUUCCCAGUUCCCACCAUUUGCAGCUGUAGAGUCUAUUUAACUGCUAAAAUUGUAAAAUAAUCAGAACAGUUCUGAAGUCUGUUGUUGGUCUCUAGUGCAUUAACGUGAAUUAAUUUUCUUGGGUUCCUGAACUAAAUACAUGCCACCCUUUCUAUAGACAGUGCACACUUGUAGACAGGAUCAGAAGCAGUUUGUAAAUUGUGAAUCAAUGCUUGUAUGGAUGAUGGGCCCAUCAGUUUUAAAAAGGUUGUGAAAAGGGCUUUGACUAUCAUUCAUACUGUUGUCACUGCAUAUGCAAAAGCAAGUCUGCUGCUCCAGUAAUUCAGAGUAUACCUCAGGUUUGGUCAUGGAUUCACCAUUUUGACUGGAAAAAUAAAGGUUUUCUUUGGUUUCCAGUA